CCGGGGAGGCGGGGCCGGCGAGCGUGGCUGAGAGCCGGGGGCACCGGCCCUGCGGGCGCUAACGGCCGAGUCAGAGAUUGGUCAGAACUCUGCAGGCCAUAAUGACUUCGACAAAUAAAGCAAUUGAAUUACAACUACAAGUGAAACAAAAUGCAGAAGAAUUACAGGACUUUAUGAGGGAUUUAGAAAACUGGGAAAAAGAUAUUAAACAGAAGGAUAUGGAACUAAGAAGACAGAAUGGUGUUCCUGAAGAGAAUUUACCUCCUAUCCGAAAUGGGAAUUUUAGGAAAAAGAAAAAAGGUAAACCUAAAGAGUCUUCUAAAAAAACCAAAGAUGAAAACACAAAAAACAGGAUAAAAUCUUAUGAUUAUGAGGCAUGGGCAAAACUUGAUGUGGACAGUAUCCUUGAUGAGCUUGAUAAAGAAGAGAGUACCCAUGAUUCUGUGUCUCAAGAAUCAGAGUCAGAAGAAGAUGGGAUUCAUGUAGAUUCACAAAAGGCUCUUGCUCUUAAAGAAAAGGGCAAUAAAUACUUCAAACAAGGAAAAUACGAUGAAGCAAUCGAAUGCUACACCAAAGGCAUGGAUGCUGAUCCCUAUAAUCCUGUGUUGCCAACAAACAGAGCAUCAGCAUACUUUAGACUGAAAAAAUUUGCUGUUGCUGAGUCAGAUUGUAAUUUAGCAAUUGCCUUGAAUAGAAGUUAUACGAAGGCUUACACAAGACGAGGUGCUGCUCGAUUUGCAUUGCAAAAACUAGAGGAUGCCAAAAAAGAUUAUGAAAAAGUAUUAGAACUGGAACCAAAUAACUUUGAAGCAACGAAUGAACUCAGGAAAAUUAAUCAGGCUUUAACAUCCAAAGAAAAUUUAUAUCCAAAGGAAGCUGAUACAAUGAUUAAAUCAACUGAAAGAGAGGAAAAGCAAAUUGAAGAGCAACAGAAUAAGCAGCAAGCCAUUUCAGAGAAAGAUCUGGGGAAUGGAUUUUUCAAAGAGGGAAAAUAUGAAAGAGCAAUUGAAUGCUAUACUCGAGGGAUAGCAGCAGAUGGCACUAAUGCCCUUCUUCCAGCUAACAGAGCAAUGGCCUAUCUAAAGAUUCAGAAAUAUGAAGAAGCUGAAAAGGACUGCACACAAGCUAUAUUAUUAGAUGGAUCAUACUCUAAAGCUUUUGCCAGAAGAGGAACGGCAAGAACAUUUUUGGGAAAGUUAAAUGAGGCCAAACAAGAUUUUGAGACUGUUUUACUUUUGGAACCUGGGAAUAAGCAAGCAGUAACUGAACUUUCCAAAAUUAAAAAGGACUUAAUUGAGAAAGGACACUGGGAUGAUGUUUUUCUUGAUUCUACACAAAGGCAAAAUGUGAUAAAACCUAUUGAUAAUCCAUCUCAUCUUGGGUCAACUAAACCACUCAAGAAAGUUAUUAUUGAAGAAACUGGUAAUUUGAUACAGACUAUUGAUGUGCCAGAAAGCACUACUGCUGCUCCACAGAGUAAUCCUAAUCUGGCAAAUGGAAUAGCAAAUGCAGGUGUUCCAAGUAAGAAGAAUUCGAGCCAAGAUGACCUUUUGCCCACAAGUGAUAUUCCCAAAGCAAAAGUAUUGAAAGUAGAAGAAAUCAGUGAUACUUCAACCCAGCCACCUCAAGUCAAGUUGAAACAGGGUGUAUGUCAGUCUUUCCGUGAGAAGAUUCCUGUAGACAUAGACAGAACACCUGCUCAGUUUGUCACUGCUGCUCUUCCUCCAGUUCCUGCUAACUCCUUCCAGCUUGAAUCUGAUUUCAGACAACUGAAAAAUUCUCCAGAUAUGCUGUAUCAGUAUUUGAAGCAAAUUGAGCCAUCCAUGUAUCCUAAGUUGUUUCAGAAAAAUCUAGAUCCAGAUGUAUUCAACCAAAUCAUUAAAAUUCUGCAUGACUUUUACAUUGAGAAAGAAGAGCCAUCACUCAUCUUUGAAAUCUUACAAAAACUUUCUGAACUAAAAAGGUUUGAUAUGGCAGUGAUGUUUAUGUCAGAACCUGAGAAAAAAAUUGCACAUGUAUUGUUCAAUCACAUAGACAAAUCAGGAUUGAAGGAUAAGUCUAUUGAAGAACUCAAGAAAAGAUAUGGUGGUUGAUUUUCAUUUUUACUGUGAAAUUACUGUCUUUGACUUUCAUGUAAAUUUUUUAAUUGAAAAUAAAGUAUUUUGCUUUUUAAGAAAAUGAAUCAUACAGGAAAAGAUUAUCUUUAGGCACAGUUUAAUUAACUGUACAGUGAGUCAAGUCAUGAGAAAUGUACUCAAGUGAACUAUUUAUAAGUCAUUUUCCAAAAAUAAAAAUAUAAUGAUGUAUA